UUGAGCGAGGGAAGGAAGGUUGUUGGGCUCGCCGUGGCGGGCCCGCUGGGUUCUCUUGCUUUUGGGAGGGAGAAGCUAAUCAUGCGUUUGGGAAGUGCGUGCAUUGCCCGCGCUAGCCGCGGGGUUCAGACUGUACUUUGGAGAAGUUGUUCCCAGUAUAAACAGGUGGCCACUAAUGAAGACCUGGUAAGAAAGAUUGUUGAAUUUCAAGUUCCCCUGACUUUUGCAAAUGGGAUUAAACUCUCCUACUAUUGCUAUUUGAAUAAAGGGCUCAUACUACUAAUUUUGAUUUUUGUUUAUAAAAAUUAUCAACAGCUUUUGUCCCAGUUUGUUUCUCCGUUCACUGGGUGCAUUUAUGGAAGACACAUAACAGGCUUAUGUGGGAAAAAACAGAAAGAGAUUACAAAGGCUAUUAAGCGGGCUCAGAUAAUGGGAUUCAUGCCAGUUACUUACAAGGAUCCUGCCUAUCUGAAAGAUCCCAAAAUUUGUAACAUCAAAUACUGAGAAUAAAGCUAGUACCAGUAAAACUUA